AUGGACAGGUUCAGCCUGACCUGCAAGUCGGAACGUGACAUGGACAAACUGGCCCACAUCUUCAGUUACUACAUUAGUGACAUCGUGGAGCGUCUGUCUGCGGGUCGGAUUUCCCAGGUUAUUGUUGGAGAUGAGCGGCAGCAAUACCUCUUGGUGAUUGGGCGGGAUGUAGAUGAUGUCCGGUUAGCUCAGCAUUUGGCUCAGGCAAAUGAGAUUGUCCUAUCCUGGAACUGCUGGAUGCUCUGCGAGCAGUGUAUGUUUGAAGUGGAAAUCAUGAGGGAGGAUGAAGCUGUGAAGUUAAGAGAUAUGCGGCUCAUUGACCCAUUUGAUUUUGAUGAGCAUUUUGACAAGUGCCUCGAUUAUCUACCACAUUACCGUACAAGUGCUGAGACUCUAAGAACUGCACUGGAAUUGGAUCCACACUCUGAUCUUGACCAAAAGCUGCGGAAACACAUAAUGAAAAACCUUUUGAAGAAGAUUGAUGAAGGCCAGCCUGUAGAGUAUGUAUCUGAAUUCCGUACGGUGACUCUGGUUUUGGUCAGCCUGGAGUUCCACAAGACAGCGUGGAUGUUGCAUUUGUGUCAUCUUAUCCAGGAGUCUGCCUUAUACAUCUCCACAGUCAUUGAGAAAGGGGGUGGCCAGCUGAGUCGGAUCUUUAUGUUUGAGAAAGUAAGUACAAGGGAACUUGACCCAUCAGCAUUAAAGGGCUGCAUGUUCCUCUGUGUUUUCGGCCUUCCUGGUGAUAAGAAGCCAGACGAGUGUGCACAUGCCCUGGAGAGCUCCUUCAGCAUCUUUAGCUUCUGCUGGGAGAAUCCUGCUAAGACCAAACUUGUUUCCAUCAGUAUCACCAAUGGACCAGUAUUCUGUGGCGUGGUUGGAGCAGUAGCAAGACACGAAUAUACAGUUAUUGGUCCAAAAGUGAGUCUUGCGGCCAGAAUGAUAACUGCUUAUCCAGGUUUGGUGUCCUGUGAUGAGAUAACAUAUCUAAGAUCCAUGCUACCUGCUUACAACUUCAAGAAACUCCCAGAGAAAAUGAUGAAAAACAUCUCCAACCCAGGGAAGAUAUAUGAAUAUCUUGGCCACAGAAGAUGUAUAAUGUUUGGAAAAAGACAUUUGGCAAGAAAGAGAAACAAAAAUCACCCUUUGUUGGACCGGGAGAAAGAAUUGGAAGCCUUCCAAAUGGCACAGCAGAGGUGUUUGCACCAGAAGAAGGGACAAGCAGUUCUGUAUGAAGGUGGAAAAGGCUAUGGAAAAAGCCAGCUGCUGGCUGAAAUAAACUUCCUGACACAGAAGGAAGGGCAUAGCUACCUUCACAGGUGCUUUGGAAAUCCCCUUUAUUGCGAGGUCCUAUGCCAGGACCUUCUCUCUAAGGACAUGUUGCUCUUUCAUGACCUACAAAAGGAGGAAGAGGAAAACAGCAAGUGGGAAACCCUCUCAGCCAAUGCCAUGAAUUCCAUAAUGUAUAGUAUGUUUCCUGCCAACUCUGAAGAAGGCCAGGAACUUUAUGUCUGCACAGUCAAGGAUGAUGUGAACUUGGAUACAGUACUUCUCCCACCCUUUCUGAAAGAAAUAGCAGUAAGCCAACUGGAUCAACUGAGCCCAGAGGAACAGUUGCUGGUCAAGUGUGCUGCAAUCAUUGGGCACUCCUUCCAUAUAGAUUUGCUGCAGCACCUCCUGCCUGGCUGGGAUAAAAAUAAGCUACUUCAGGUGUUGAGAGCUCUUGUGGAUAUACAUGUGCUCUGCUGGCCCGACAAGAGCCAAGAGCUUCCUGCUGAACCCAUAUUAGUGCCUUCCUCUAUCGACAUAAUUGAUGAAACCAAAGAGAAGAAAACAAAGUUAGAUGGUGGUUCAGCCUCUCUUCUCAGGCUAAAAGAAGAAUUAUCCCUACCUCAAACUGAGGUGUUGGAAUUUGGAGUGCCUCUACUACGGGCAGCUGCUUGGGAGCUCUGGCCCAAGGAACAACAGAUAGCUUUACACCUCGAAUGUGCCUGCUUUCUCCAAGUUUUGGCCUGCCGCUGUGGGAGCUGCCAUGGAGGAGACUUUGUCCCCUUUCACCGUUUUGCAGUUUGUUCUACUAAGAAUUCCAAGGGGACCUCUCGAUUCUGUCCUUACAGAGAUACUGGCUCAGUGCUAACACAAGUGAUCACAGAAAAAUUGCAGCUGCCUUCUCCCCAAGAACAGAGGAAGAGUUCCUAGAUCAAGUGAAGAGGAAGCUGGCUCAGACCAGCCCUGAGAAAGACCUGUUGACCACAAAGCCUUGUCACUGUAAGGAUAUCCUGAAGUUAGUGCUCUCACCCCUCACCCAGCAUUGCUUGGUCAUUGGAGAAACGACCUGUGCAUUUUAUUACCUGCUGGAGGCUGCGGCUGCCUCCUUGGACCUGUCAGACAAUUAUAUGGUCUGUUUCAACAUGGGACACAUCACUUUAGCCAAAAAAUUGGCUAGGAAAGCCCUUCGGCUGCUGAAAAGGAAUUUCCCUUGGACCUGGUUUGGUGUCCUUUUCCAGACAUUCCUGGAAAAGUAUUGGCAUCCCUGUACCCUGAGCCAACCUCCAAACAACCCUAGUGAGAAGCCUAUUUUGCCAUCAGUAACUCCUCCCUGUUCCCUCAGCCAUGAGUGAAUAUGCUGAAUGAGGACCUUUUACUUUAAGGAGUUCUUCUCUCGAUGUGUGACCUGCCCUGUCUAUCA